AUGGAUUCCACCGUUACCAAGGAGGUGGCUACGGAGCUUCUCCCAAUCAUCAGAGUCUACAAAGAUGGCACCGUCGAGCGACUUAUGGCCUCCCCCAUAGUUCCACCAUUUCCGGAAGGAGACCCACAAACUGGAGUCUUAUCCAAAGACAUAAGCUUCAGCAUCACCCCAGACUCCAGUAUCUCCGCCAGACUCUACCUCCCAAAACUCCCGGACCAGCAAUCCCAUAAGCUACCUAUCUUAGUCUACUUCCAUGGCGGCGGAUUCUGCAUCGAAUCCGCCUCCUCCUUCCUCGUCCACCGCUACCUCAACAUCUUGGUCUCCCAAGCUAAAGUGGUUGUUGUGUCCGUUGAUUACAGGCUCGCUCCUGAGCACCUUCUACCCAUCGCCUAUGACGACUGCUGGGAUGCUCUCAAUUGGGUCGCGUCACACUCCGCCAGAGGCGCGACUGAUAAAGAACCGUGGCUGCUGGAAUAUGGCGACUUCGAACGACUCUUCAUUGGCGGCGACAGUUCUGGAGGCAACAUCGUUCAUAACAUGGCCAUACGGGGCGGGGUUAGAAUUUCAGGAGCGUUUCUGGUGGACCCCUAUUUUUGGGGUUCAAAGCCAAUCGGGUCCGAGCCGAAGGAAGGACAUGAAGAGAGUUUACUUUCUCGGCUAUGGAAGUUAGUGUAUCCGUCUAGUGGGCUGGAUGAUCCACUGAUCAAUCCGGUUGGUCCCGGAGCGCCGAGUUUGGCGGGGCUCGGGUGCUCUCGGAUGCUUGUUUGUGUUGCUGAGAAGGAUAUAUUGAGGGACAGAGGGGUUGCGUACAUUGAUGCAGUGAGAACAAGUGGGUGGGAAGGAGAUGUGGAUCUGUUCGAAGCUGAGGGAGAGAACCAUGGUCAUCAUAUCUUCUAUCCAGAAACUGACAAAGCCAAGGAAAUGUUCCAACGCUUGGCUUCUUUUCUAAACCACUGAAAUUUCUCUCUUCUUUUCUGAAUUUCAAUGUGCAAUAACAACUCAAGAAAUAAGAGCUUCCUUCCAUGUA